AUGCCCCUAACCAUCGAUUCCGUCUUCCAAGCGCCCGCGCGGGAUACAUACAAAUUCCCGUCUCGCCGGAGCGUCGUUCACAGUACCGAGGGUAUUGUCAGUUGCUCGCAGCCUCUGGCCGCCAAAUGCGGCCUUGAAGUUCUCCGUGCAGGAGGAAAUGCAGCAGACGCAGCUGUUGCUGUUGCCGCCGGCCUGAACCUCACGGAGCCCUGCUCUACUGGUAUCGGUGGCGACAUGUUCAUCCUCUUUUGGGACGCCAAGAACAAGCAGGUCAAGGCUAUGAACGGCUCUGGCCGCUCCGGCGCGCAGUACACGCUCGACCACGUCCGCGGCAAGCUUGGCCUCCAGGACGGCGAGAUCGGUGCCAUUCCCAAACAGAGCCCAUUCUCCAUCACCGUUCCUGGCGCCGCUGCCGGCUGGGUCGAUACGGUUGAGAAAUUCGGGAGUGGCCGGGUCGACCUCGCCCGGAUCCUCGCACCCGCGAUUGCGCUCGGCGAAAAGGGCUUUCCCGUCUCUGAGGACGCAGCCUACAGCUGGAUGGCCUCGGAGAAGCAAAUACGGAGUGCCUCGCCCAACUUUGCAGAGAUGUUCAAAAAGGACCCUAAGGCGGAGCAGGGUGUGCGCGCCCCGCGGCCGGGCGAGAUCAUGAAGAACCCAACGCUGGCGCAUACAUUUCGCACACUAGCUGCAGAGGGCAAGGCCGGCUUCUACAGCGGCCGCAUAGGCGCCGAGCUUGUGAAGGUAGUUCAGGAUCUCGGCGGCAGCCUGACGCUGGACGACCUGCAGCACCACCUCGAUGCAGGUAGCGAAGCCGUGGAGCCCAUCUCGCUCAAGUUCCGUGGACAGGGCCAGGACCCCGACGCCGGUAUUGAGUUGUGGGAGCACCCACCAAACGGACAAGGCAUCGUCGCGCUCAUGGCGCUGGGCAUCAUCCAGGAACUAGAGAAGCAAGGCAAGAUCCCGACAUUCCAGCCUGCGCACUUUAACACCGCAACCUACCUGCACGCUAUCAUUGAGGCGCUGCGUAUUAGCUUCGCCGAUGGGAGCUGGUUCAUCGCAGACCCGAAUGCCAGUCUAGUCCCUACCGCAGAGCUGAUUUCCGAGGCAUACCUUGCCGAGCGAGCUAAGCUCUUUAACCCGGCAAAGGCCUUUAAUGCAGUAGACCAUGGAGACCCGGUAUCUAUAUCCCCCGCGCUGCGCAGCAGUGACACGGUGUACUUUACCGUCGCCGACUCUGAGGGCAAUGCGGCGUCUUUUAUCAACUCCAACUACGCUGGGUUCGGCACAGCCGUGAUCCCUGCAGGCUGCGGCUUCACGCUUCAGAACCGUGGCGCCAACUUCUCCCUAACGCCAGGUCACCCUAAUGUGCUCGCACCGCGCAAGCGCCCGUACCACACCAUCAUCCCAGCGCUUGCAACCAACAUCAAGGACAACUCGUUACACUCGGCAUUCGGCGUGAUGGGCGCCUUUAUGCAGCCGCAAGGCCACGUGCAAGUGCUGCUAGGCCAGGUCGUCGGGCGGCUGACGCCGCAGCAGGCGCUGGAUGCGCCGCGUAUUUGUAUCGGUGCUGGCUACGAUCAGCCGGGCAACACGACGGGAUGGACGGUGAGUGUUGAGGAGGGCAUGCCGGCAGAAACUAUUGAAGGCCUGAAGCAGCUAGGACAUAACGUAGUUGUCGUUACUGGGUCUGGUCGCUCGCUCUUUGGACGCGGCCAAAUAAUUCGUUACGUGAUCGAUCCGGUCGACAAGACGCCAUUGUGGUCUGCUGGUAGUGAUCCCCGUGCAGACGGUGCGGCAUAUCCUCUGUGA